AUGAAAGUCGCUUUCUACCUCGUCUUCCUAGCCGUGACGAUCUCAUCGACAAUUGUUGCUCUGGACCCGUGCAACAAGAAGAAUUGCAAAGACCACGUGGGCCCAGUCUGUGGCAACGACAACGUCACCUAUGCGAGCCUUUGUGACCUGACCUCUGUCAUGUGCGAGCACCCUGAGCGUCGCGUUGGAAUGGGCUACGACGGACCUUGCGGUCAGACGUCAAGUGGGUCCUUCUCUUUUUAA